GCAACUAUGUAGUGCAACUAUGUACAUAAACCAGCUCGUGCCGCGCGGGAGACACAGUUGUUUUCGGGGUGUUUUGCGAGUGAGACAUGGCACCGGCGUCGGCAGAGUUUGUCGGUGCGUGGGGGAAGCCAACUUCAACGCUGGAUUGGUGUGAAGAAAACUACCUGGCAAGUCCUUAUAUUGCUGAAUUAUGGAACUCACUGAGUUGCUUUGUCAUUAUGGGCAUCCCCAUUGUGAUGCUAUUCUCCCUGUCGCGGCGGAAGGUGGAAACGCGAUUCUACAUUGGGUGCUGGUGCUUUCUAGCUGUUGGUGUUGGUUCACUGGCCUUCCAUAUGACUCUGCUGUAUGAAACACAGCUGAUGGAUGAAUUGUCUAUGAUCUUUGGAGGCUGUGUUCUGGUGUAUUUGUUCUAUAGUGACGACUACAAGCCCAACUACCACAAUUUGCCGUUAGUAGUGUUUCUACUCUUGUACGCAGUGUCAGUCAGUUGUAUUUAUAUCAUAACACAACAACCAAUCUUCCACCAGGUUGCCUUUGCAUUGCAAGUGAUCACCAUAUCGCUCAGGGGCAGUUACUGCUACCGCUUAAAUAAACAAUCAUACUCAGGGAAACUGCUUGUUCUUUCAAUUGUGCUGUAUUUGCUUGGAUUUUUGCUGUGGCUGGUGGACCAAGGAUUCUGCGCUGAUUUAAGGUCCGUCCGGGCAUUCCUACCUAGCCCGCUUGAUGGGCUUCUACAGUUCCAUGCCUGGUGGCAUACCCUCUCAGCUCUCGGCAGUCAGUGUCUGUUUGCCUUUUGCUGUCAUUCCCGUUUGAUGUUCCUGAAACGAAACCCCCAAAUCUGGACUUUGGGAUGUCUGCCUCUCAUUACGCUGGACGCCAAAGAAAAUGGCCACAUCCAAUAAAUCUACCUCAUAGAGUAAAGACAGUGUUCUUCAACACUACAACAUCGUCACAGGGUCACCAGUCUUAGAAAUUCAUGGAUACUCGGGUCUUGGCCCUAGUUGCCUCUUCAAAUGUCCACACCAACUUAAGAAAGAAGAUGCUGUUUUCAGGUAAAAACAAAAUAGUCGGUGUCCUGUAAUAAGGAAUGAAUUUCCACGGCCUGUUUUGUACUUGUUGCAAAAAGCAUGUGCUUCAUACUGCAUGCACAGGAUUAUAGCUACGAAUAAUAUUUUCCCUAGUAUAAUAACAUAGACGCUGUAUAGUUGUGAACUUAGAAAGAAACGUAUCUAAAUCAAUAUUAGGUUUUGCCCUUCACCGACGUGUAAACACUGUAUACUCGGUUUGUUACCUCCUGGAAGAAAGUUGGCAAAUAUCACUUGGGUGGGACUCGAACCCAAGACCUCCUGCUUUCUAUAUAGUGCAGACGUCUUACCACUCGACCACCGAGCUUAGGGAAUCGGUUGGCUGGUUCGAAUCUGAUGUACGUGUAGCAGCGGGUACUGCCAUUAAACUAUUCACAAGUGUCGAGGUGAUGUAAAUCAAUAUUUAGGUUUUGCCUUUCACUGACGUAUAAACACUGUGUACUCCUAUGGAAACGUAUGGUUGCAACUGAUGAAUAUGAAGUGUCCAUGUGCCAUAAAUGUGGAACCGUACUGUUUGUAAUAAUGAUGAAGAGGGUGGUGAAAUUAGGCAUAUACACAACAGCUGAAAUAAGAACUUUUAGGUGCACUGUACUUUUAUACAUUUUGGAAAGAAAUGGUGAUUUUGUAGGGCCAAAAAACCCAUCAUGUUAGUGAGGGGAAUAUUUUCGGUAAAGCCUUUUUGUGUGUGCCAAAUUCUUGUUGGUUGAGAAUAUGCAAACUACCGUCGGAUGUAUGCAUUCAUCCGUGAUCAAACCAGUAGCUGUUUAUGUUUAUGAGUUGAAUAGUUUGCCUACAGCGCGUGUUCCCUAGGCAUCCAAGCAUAACCCCAAAAGCUCUGCUCAAAAAAAAAAAUAGGGAAUGAUAAAAAGGCAUAGAAUUUGGUCAUUGAAAGUCAUUUUACGAGGCACACACCAUAGACAUAGCCAGAGGGGUGUUUAACAAAACAGGAGGUGAAAUUGUUGAACAAAAUAGUUGGAAAAUUGUGAAUUUUUUUUACUGUUGAGGCUUUUAAACAAAAAGGAUUAUGAAAGGGAAUAAUACGUGCUUACAAGUCCGCUUAAAACUGGCUAGGGCUCGGGCCAUUAUCCCAGGCCCCUAGCUGAUUUUAAACUAACUUGAUUAAAACUGGCCGAGCACAUAUUUAUUACCUUAUUAAUGAAGAUUAGUUGAACUGGUUUAUGCCUUAUUCCUUGAUUAAACUAUGAUAAUUUAAACAACCCAGUCACUCACUGUACAAUGUAUAUGUACUGAACUUUAGAAUACGAGUCAGAAUUGUGAAUGUGCACUACUACAUUUUUACAACCCACUUUGAGAUAGAGGAAUACAAAUAAUUAUCCACCAUUAUGAGGCUGCCAGCAGAAAGGUAUUUUAUAGACGAAGUCGUAUUCUGUGUAAGGUUUUAAUGGCACAUGAAAGUCGUGGUUUGUAUAAUUUUUGUCCAGACAAACACAAACUGCUUCUGUUAAUUACUCAGGUUAUUUAGUACAGUUUGUAAUACCAAAUUACAUAUUCCAAAGUUUCAGGGAAUACUCUGUUACUAGCAUUUUGAUAUGACAAAACAAUGCAGCAAAAAAAUGUGUGCACUAUUUGACAUGCAUAAUGGUACACAGUUUUUGGCUGAAUGAUUAGUCUUGGAAUGAUUAGUCUUCAGUGGAAUGAUUAGUCUUGGAAUGAUUAGUCUUGGAAUGAUUAGUCUUGGAAUGAUUAGUCUUGGAAUGAUUAGUCUUGGAAUUAUCAGUCUUGUAAAAAAAAAGGUGUGGUAAUAUAUGGUUAUAGUGAUGUGAGAAUGACUUUCAUGAUUUUUGGAUUGUGGAUUUUCAGAGCUUGAUUUUUUCCUUUGCAACUCCAAGCUGUCAAAAGGGGAAUAAUGAAAUGUGCAUGCUGGUGAAAUGAGAGAUUAUUUAUUUUGUUAUUAAUCCUCAUAUUGAUACACUUUUUCACAGAAAUGCUAGAUUCCUGUUGACAGAAUGCAUGUUUUUGUAUGUACUUUGUUUUUAUGAUAAUUUGAUCUGCUGCCCACUUGUAUGUUUUUAUAGGUUUUGUACCUUACAUUAAGAAUGUAUAUUUUUUUUAUAAUUGAUGAAUAUACCUAGCAGCAAAUUAGCAAAGCAAAAAUCUCCAUUGUUAUAUGCGGCAACGUUUGUUCGGGUGCUUGGAUUUUAUAUACAAAGAACAGAUUCAUAAUUUUUUUCUCUUCUGGCUUUAAUGAUGUGCUUGCAUUUUAUAGAGGAACAGAAAUAAUUUGGCUUGUUUCUAUCAUAAGUGCCUUUGUAUUAAAGCAAAAUACUUUUAUUAUUUUGUACAAGUUAAUGAGUUUUUAUGCAAUUUUAGGAGAAUAUCAUGCGGUUGGUGAUGGAUAUCAUUUUGUAGAGAUGUAGAUGCCAUCACAAGUCCACAAAAAGUCUUAAUUGUUACAAGUAACGGGACGAACAAUAACAAUAACCUUUUUAGAAGUUGCUUUCAACGGCUUGUUCCUUGACCUGGGACUUUCGUGAUAUGGACUCAACUACAUGUACAACACUGCAAAUCGAUUAUGAAUUUAUAUUAUAUUUGAGCACAUGUAUGGACUAUGAGUAUAUUACCGGGUAUGUAAAUAAGCUGACUGAUUUAUGAUGAGGGUGUAACCUCAACAGUUCUAAGUAUUCAUUAGUAUAGUCUUAGAAUCAGAUAGGUUUGAAGACAUACUUUCACUUCUUAUUUUUUUGCACCUGCACAGCGUGACGGUAGAGAGAGCAUGAUUUUGCUCUCUUAAUAUUUCACUUUCCAUUGGACAUCUAUAUUAAGCAAGCAUUACUCAGAUGAAAAUGCUGACUGUUCAUAUUGUCAUUGCUUGCAACUUGCUCAAAUAUGAAUAUAAACUUUGAUAGAAGCAAUGCGAUUAUUCAAAGGGCCAUCCAUUUACAAAACUCCAUAACAAUAUUCCCCCAAAACAACAAAAAAGUAAAAAAAAAAGAAGUGGAAAACGAAGUGUAUUCGUUGGUAAUGAAAUUGAAUUAUUUGAUUGUAAUUUUAAGAGUGAAAUAUCAUUUAAAAAAAAAUUGAAUUAAUGAUUAGGCUCAGAAAUCAUGAAAGUGUGCAAAUAGUUUAAAUGAUUUUCAAAUCAUGUCUUAGCUUCUUUUAAGUGAACUUGCAUUUUAAUUGUAGGGUAUGAUUAUUAUAAGUUUUUAUUGGAAAAUUAUCAUAUUUGUAUAAAUCAAAGUGAUGUAAAACAGGGGUGUGAGUGACCACUGAUAAAAACAGCUGAAAUAGAUGAAAACAGAUGAAAACGGUGUAAAAACGCUGAGCUUUGGAAAUCUCCUUUACUUUUGUACACAUCCAAGUGAGGGGAAAAAAAGUGAAAUCCAAAACAGAAAAAAAAACUGAUAUCAGCUUUAGAGCUGAGAUUUCACACCCCUGGUUAAAGUUUGUUCAGUUUUUAUUACUAUAAAUUGUACUGUUGCCAUAUUGCAUAGAUUGUAACAGCCAUGUAAAAAAUAAUUACGUGCCAUAUCAUACAAGCUCAGUAUAUAGUGUAAUUUUUUUUUCAUUUCUAUAAUUCUAAAGGGAUAUUUUUAGGGAAACAUUUGUCUGAAAUAACAAAUUUGGAAUGCUGGUGCUAAAAAGAAUUGCUUGUUUAAUUUUGGUUGGAAGCUGUUAUUUCUAGAAAUAAGGUUCUGGUGCAUGUGUUUUAUGCAGGCAUGCAACUUUUCCUCGGAUCAGCUGAUUUCUUCUCCCUUUAACUUCCCAUGUUUGCUAUUAAAAAUAGAAAAAAACACUGUACAAAGUCUUGGAAAGAUUUGAAUUUCCUCUUUGUAUGGCUUCCCAGAUGCAUGCCUGUAUAUGGUUUUUUUGGCCAAUCAAACUUUAUGCAGGCCAAGGUGAAAAAGUUGACCUGACAUGAGACAGCAUCUGCAACAAGUUUGAACAAAGAAAUUGAGUUGAACAGGAUUCAAACCUGACAACCCUGGAACACUGUACUAAAUUUCCACCAACUAAUUCAUCCUGUUUGAGCCCUAUACCUAUUGAUAAGUUGGUAGAGCACCGGUUCUGUGGUCUGUAGGUUGCAGGUUCAAAUCCUGCUCCAGUCAAUUCUUUAUUCAACCCCACCUUUCUUUCUUUUUGUUUACAGUUCCUGGAUAAGUUCAUCUUUCUUUUGAAAAAUACUGACAAAUGAAUUUGGAAGUAUAGUCAAUGCAAACUAGCAAACUAUAGGAUUUUUCAUUCAAUCUUCAAAUGUGAAUAAUCUUUCUAUGAACGUGCACUUGUAUUUGCUGUUACUUCCAUGACAAUCCAUUCAAAUGCAUAUUGGAGUUACCUUUUCACCUUGGAAAACCUUGAGGUGACCUUUCUUAUAUGAUACCCAAAACUUCACAGGUUGAUCACAGAAAAGCUUCAAAAAUGCAGUAUACAUGUAGGCUGUAUGUUACAUUUGUAGUGUUUUUUUUGACAGGUGUUUAUGUUAAUUUAGACAUUGGCUUAGGAUGUCGCAAGUUCAUUUAUAGCUCAUAAAAUUGCAGGUUGAUAAAUCAUUACCAGAACUGUAUUUGCUGUGGAUAUUGUUUGUAUUUUACGUGUUGGGGUUUUUGGGAUAUAUUUUAUCUUUUAGAAUGAAUACAUUUUCUUGAGUGGUUGAACUACAUUUAAGGUUGAGCUCCGCACUACGAACGGAAAUUUUAUUAUCAGUUUUCAAAAAAAUGUAAUUUGUGAAUGGUCAAUGUGAUAUGAAAUGCAAUAAAAUAAUAUCUUAUCUGAUCA